CGUCAUAAUAGAUUGAAAUCUGGAAUCAGUUAUUCCAAAUUCUCAUCUGUUAAAAGAUGGACAUUUGGAAUUUGAAGGUCACAAGUAGGGUAAACUGUGGAGCACUCAAAGUGAUUAGAGAAGCACCCAUGAGCAUCUGUUUUCUGUUCACCUUUCACCAGUUUGUGAAGCCCAGACGACAUGUCCAUGUGCCCAAAACACCCUGGCAGCAAGUCCCCGUGGUGCUCAGAGACCGACACCGAGCCCACCGCCAAGUUCCCGCGUGGGCCCGAGCCCGAGCCCACCGAUGAGACCAAGUCCACCAAGAAGUCCGCUGUGGGGAUCCGGACCGAGCCCUCAAAAGGAUCCCCUCCGGGGACCCAGACCGACACCGAGCCCACCGCCAAGUUCCCGCGUGGGCCCGAGCCCGAGCCCGAGCCCGAGCCCGAGCCCGAGCCCGAGCCCGAGCCCAAGCCCACCGAUGAGACCAAGUCCACCAACAAGUCCGCUGUGGGGAUCCAGACCGAGCCCUCCAAAGAAUACCCUCCGGGGACCCAGACCGAGCCCUACGAUGAAUAUCUCCUGGGGACCAAGACCACCGAUGAAUCCCUCCUGGGGACCCAAACCGAGCCCUCCGAUGAAUCCCCUCAGGGGACCCAGACCGAGCCCUCCGAUGAAUCCCCUCCGGGGACCCAGACCGAGCCCUCCGAUGAAUCCCUCCUGGGGACCCAGACCGAGCCCUCCGAUUAAUAUCUCCUGGGGACCAAGACCACCGACGAAUCCCUCCUGGGGACCCAGACCGAGCCCUCCGAUGAAUCCCUCCUGGGGACCCAGACCGAGCCCUCCGAUUAAUAUCUCCUGGGGACCAAGACCACCGAUGAAUCCCUCCUGGGGACCCAGACCGAGCCCUCCGAUGAAUCCCUCCUGGGGACUCAGACUGAUAAAGGGUCCCAGUUCAAGAGAGCCAGAGCCAGACCCAAGACGACCACCGGGUGUCUGCCAGUCGAACACUGGCCGACACUCAGGUGGCACGCCAGAGAAUGAGGUAUAAUGGUGAAGAAUGGUUGUUUGCAACCAUGUUUUUGGACAGUUUCAAGAGGAGGCUAUGUUCAUGUUUUACAAUUAAUCCAGUUUGAAAAUAAAGGUUCUGAGCAUUGAGUUCUGCGUACGAGUUUGAUUUUGACACAUAACAGUGUGACUCUGUCAAUAACUUCCAAAUUGUCAUCUAGUCCAUAAGUUGAGUUUGAUGAGAAUUUGGAAUAAUUCCAGAUUUCUAUCUAUUACAUGGUGGCGGGUCACAUGGUAAGUCAAAGGUCAAGUCGGCCAUAUUGUCAUCUCAUCACCACACGGUUGUGCACACACAGGUAAGUACCUCUCUUAAAACAAUGGUUUACAGCCCUCCAGGACGGUCAAAAGCCACUGGGAGUUUU